AUGGACGAGUUUACCGCAGACGCUUUUGUCAAUAGUGAAGACCCCAUUCCAGUCUUUUCGAUUAAACAUGGCUCAAAUGAUGGGAGCGCUGGCCCGGCUGAAAAGCCGGGGGGGGAUCAUUCCACCAGAUCAAGGCUCUCCGCCCAUAGACUGAAGCAGAAAAUCUACGAUGUGGCCUCGGAUUCCAAGGCAAAGAUGGACUGGGGCGCCGGGCCAUCCCUACAGGACAGGCUGCUAACAAAGCUAUGGCAGCAGGUUAUACCUGCGGAAGCAUCUGACGAGGAGUCUGAUUACACAACGGCGAAGAAAUCUUCGACCGUCCAGAUUGACCGGCCCGCUUUCAGCCUCCCUGUAAUGAGUAAUAAUUUCCGCCGGUUUAAUGCUAGAAUCGGGAUUGUAUUUCUGUUCCAAGCACAUCCGUAUUUACUGGUCAUUCUUCCAUUUGCUGUCUUCCUGCUAUUCAUAAUGGUCCCUGGAUUUCUUGCCCGCCAUCCUCCGCCUCCUCCUUCUGCAUCCACCUCAAGCACCACUGCGUACUACUCAUAUGAGGGACCGGCGCUUGCCCCAGCGCAAACCAUAAAACCAGCCUCAGAGACUUCAAAGGACUUUUUCCGCAAUAUGAGAGAUCUCCAGAAUAUCAUGGCAGACUUUUCGAACCUGCACGAUGCCACGGUCUCACUCCUGUCCCCAGCUACUAAUUUCUCAAACGAAGUUUUAUCAUCUACGCUUUUUCUAAUGCUUACGAUUUUAUCCGCUAUUCUGUUUCUAAUGGCCCAUCUUAUCCCUUGGCGUAUGUUGUUUCUUAUUGGUGGAAACGCCGCUAUUAUUGGAAGCAACCCUAGCGUUGUUGCUUUCAUGCAAAAUUUCAGUCGUCAUAUAGAAGAUUCAUCGGAGGAAGCUAGAAAUACAGCCAGCAAUGCCUUUUUCACCAUUUUUGGAGUACCAGUGCCCACUUCACCGUCCGCCCUGGUGUCUUUACUGAAAUCGGCCGCUGCGAUCUCACUCGAUACAUAUCCUGAGGAACGAGAAGUGGAAGUUUUCGAACUCCAACACAAAACGCGCUCUCCUUAUUCGGCAACAUCCGAAUGGGAGCCAUUCGUCUUCACACCUACACCCUACGACCCUUUAUCUCCAUCUCGCAUUGCAGGUGAUCGACCAAGGGGUACCCGAUUUUUCGAGGAUGUCAAACCGCCACCUGGAUGGAAAUGGAAGGGCAAAAAAUGGCAACUAGACCUCGAAUGUCGCGAGUGGGUAAUAGAGCGGAUGAUUACAGGCGUCGAAUUUGAAGUUCCCGGCUCCAGCUGUGGUGAAGUCGGGGAGGAAGUUGGGGGCUGGGUUUGGGACUUGCCUUUCCAUCCUCCGGACGAGGACGCCUAUAAUGAUGCUGACGACUUAGCUUAUGGGGAUGAUAUUUACCAAACGAAAAGGGAGACUAUCCAGAGUGAACAGAAGGGGACUUCUAAGGGCAAGAGGAAGCUGGUUAAAAAGGAUUUCGAAGAGAGUGUUGCUGGGGCUAGCGGGAUGGGAGAGUGGAGACGGAGGAGAUGGGUCAGGGUGGUGCAGCGUAUCAGCGUCGGUGACAAUGGUGCUGAUUCUGGGUAA